AUAGGGCUUGAGAUUGAAGUCGAGAAAAAGAACAGCUGAAAUCUCAUACGAAUUGCCCAGUUCCGUUUGGAGUGGUUUUAAUGCAUGUACGAAGAAAAUUAAAUAAAAAUAAACAACGGAACGAGUCAGAAGUGACUCACUUGCGCGAGAGGGGUGGGCACAAUUUUUCUUUGCUCUGCUUUGUGACCCAAGAAAGAAAAGAACAAUAGGAACAGCCCAAAUCAGUCGCCGGUGGCGCGUAAUGGUUUUCCCCUAAUUCAGCAAAUUUCUCUCUAUCGAAACCCCUGCUACCCUUGUCGGAUUUGAAACCAACAACCACCGGAGUUGUACAGAUUGCGGCGACGAUUAGAUUGCAUUGGAUGGGCAUGCAAUAGAGUUGAAUGGUUCAUACUUUUGCAACUGGUCAAUCAAUGGUGUCCUCAACAUCCCCCAUUGGCAAAUAUGAUCACCCAUAUUUUUCCAGAAAGCUCCUUAAAGUUUCAGAUCCCUCCGCCCACUUGGCAUCUUCAAUUCGCGGUGAUGAGCAAUUCGCAACGGAGAUGAGUUGCCAGUCUAACGGCAAUAAAAGUGGUAUUCCUCAUUCUUGUAAUGGCGGUGGAUCUUCGUGCGUAGGCAACAGUUACUUCAGCAAUGAACCAUCUUCUUCUUGUUCUUCUUAUGUGAGUGGAUGGAUGUAUGUCAAUGAGCAGGGGCAGAUGUGUGGUCCUUAUAUCCAGCAGCAGUUGUACGAUGGUUUGUCGACUGGUUUCUUGCCGGAUGAGCUCCCUGUUUAUCCUAUGGUCAAUGGGACUUUGAUAAAUCCUGUUCCCUUAAAGUACUUUAGGCAGUUCCCUGAUCAUGUUGCUACAGGAUUUGUUUGUCUCACUUCAACCACAGCUUCCAGUUAUUUAAAUUCUUCCCUUACCAGUGUCCAACACACUCCUUCCCCUUUCCCCUCUCAAUUCAACUGCAGUUCAGGUGAAGAUGUAUGUUGGUUGUUUGAAGAUGGUGAGAGUAGGAAACACGGGCCUCAUUCCCUUUUGCAAUUGUAUUCUUGGCAUUGCAGUGGUUAUCUUGGAGAUUCUAUUUUGAUUUAUCAUGCUAAUGAUAGGUUUCGCACCACCAACUUGUUGUCUGUUUUAAAUGCUUGGAAAGGUGGUCAGUUUGUUGUUGAAAAUGAACACGAGUCAGCUGUCAACUUCAUAUCGGCAAUUUCUGAAGAAGUUUCUUCUGAGUUGCAUUCUCGAAUUAUGCAAGCAGCUCGUAGAGUUAUGCUAGAUGAAAUAAUCACCACUAUGAUUUCAGAGUUUGUUGCUGCAAAAAAAUCUGACAGGCAUCUAAUGGUUGAAUCAUGCAACCAAGAUGUUAAAAGUUCUGAUGGAAAACUGAUUAAAAAUACCCCUGAAAGAAGUAUUCGUUGUACUCCCAAGUUUGGCACAGCAGGCUCCCAUGAUGUAUCUAGUCCUUCAAUUCAAGAAUCUACUGAUUUUGAUGCACGUCUAAAAUCCGUGGGAAGCAUUGAAAAUUUUUGGGGUUCUUAUUCAGUUGUUUGUAAGAUGCUUUUUGAGUAUUGCAUGGAAGUUACAUGGAAUGCAGUCUUUUAUGAUAGUAUUAUUGAAUAUUUAUCUUCCUGGAGAAGGGGAAAACUUUGGUUUGGUCAGCCUAAUGUUAUGGCAUCUGCUAGUGGCUCCUUUGAUCAUGGCAAGGAGACUGAAAAUGUAAAAGCUACAACUCUCUUCUCUGGGAAGGAAUUGAUGGCUCAUGAUAUUGAUUGUCCACCUGGUUAUGAACUGGCUACAGUUUCUGUAGAUAACCAUGCAGAAGAGAUGCAUAUAUCUUCAUCUGCAGUGCAGGAAACUUUAUCCAAACAGAACAGUCCAUUGCACAAUAAUGGCCUUUAUGGUGGCAUACAAUGUAUCCUGGAAGGUGUUGAAAAUGAGCUCCAUUUUUCUGCGAUGGUGUUUAUGGCCGACUAUGUUAACAAUCUUGUUAAAAGUGAAGCCAAAUUAGUGAUUGAUCUGGAAAAUGAUGAAAAAUUGAAUGAAAAUCCUAAUAAAGAGGACACAGAGAAAUCAGUCAAUUUGUCGAUAGAUGAGGAAUUGAAAGAGUUACAAAAGCUGCAAGACACGGUUGGAUCUUCCUGUCAGUGCCAUCUUUCUUCUGAUCUUGAUACUUCUGACGGCUGUGAAGACAAAAAGAAUGUUUUGAUCAAAUUGUCAGAUUUAUCUGCCAAUCUGAACUCAAUAGAAUCACAGAAGCCUGGUUGUCAGUCUAUAACUGAAAAUGAUUAUACUAAAAGGGAUGGAACUUUUAUGGCUGGGGGAUUUAAGAGAUUGUUUGGAAAGGUUGUGGAUGUAAGUAAUGAACAAGAAGUUGAUGAGCCAUCACCUCCUGGACUUGAGGUUAAUUCUGUUCUUGUUCCAUCACACAUUUGUAAAUUUCGACCUUCAACUACAGUUGAGAGUGGCCCUAAGAUUGGAGAAUAUGUUGCCAUGGCAAUUUGUCGGCAGAAGCUCCAUGAUGAUGUACUAAGAGAGUGGAAAUCAUCAUUUGCUAGUAAUGCUAGUCUUUACCAGGUUAUUGUAUCAUGGCGUAGUUUGAAGAAACAGAGUGAGGCUGAUGGCAAAAAGAAGUUUAGUGGAGACAAGAAAACUCUUGCUGGUUUUUCUGCCCCACGAGAUAAGCCCAGGGAGGGGUCAAGUAAGUCUAUCAGUUCAGGUUCCUCAGAGGUAUCUUUAGCGACUGGUACAUGUACAUAUUACCGAAAGAAAAAGUUGGUUCAUAAAAAGGUAGGACCUUCUCAGUCCAUGAUUAUCAAUGGGUCACAGGAUCAACCUGUUGAAAGGCCUUGGAAGAAAGAUUCUUCCAAUAAUUUGUUAGAUCAUGCAGAUCCAAAACUAACUGAUGCCCCUUCUAAAAAGAUUGGGACAAAUAAAAGUAUGUCUCAAUCAUCUAAUAUUUCUGGGUCAUCAAAAAUCAUAGCUAAGAAGAGUUUGCACAAUGAUCACUCAUCACCCAAGAGUGCAAGUGAUCAGAAAACAUCAAAGGAUGCUUCUGCUGUUCGAAAAACUAAGAAGAGCUUGCUCAAUGACCACUCAUUACCCAAGAAUGCAAGUUGUCAGAAAACAUCAAAGGAUGUUUCUACUGUUCAAAAAACUAAGAAGAGUUUGCUCAAUGACCACUCAUUACCCAAGAGUGCAAUUUAUCAGAAAACAUCAAAGCAUGCUUCUACUGUUCAAAAAAAUUUGGUUGGAGAAGGUGCUGUUAAAGUCUGCAGGGAAACAGCAUCAGCCUUUCAGAAUUGUGAUGGGAAUAUUGUAGGCAGGAGUAACAAUACUGUUGGAAGUGAAGGAGAGCUUACUAAUGAUUCCUCCAAGAAAACACUAAAAGCAAAGAAGGUAUCAGGGGUAAAAAGAAAGAAAUUAAAUAAUGAUGAGCAUCCAUCACCUUCAAUCAAGCUACAGAAAGUAGCUAGUGGUGGUAGCAAAUGUUCUUCAUCUAGAGGGGUUACAGAUCAAAAGACCUGCAAAAUUAGAUCCAGGACUGCAAAUCCCUGUCCUAGAUCUAAUGGAUGUGCACGAACUUCAAUUAUUGGCUGGGAGUGGCAUAAAUGGUCUCUAAAUGCAAGUCCCUCUGAAAGAGCUCGUGUUAGAGGAAUUCAGUGUAUUAACAUGAAGUAUUCAGGUCCUGAGGUUAAUAGUACUGCACACUUGUUGAACAGUAAAGCUCUUUCUGCACGAACUAACAGAGUGAAGAUGCGCAACCUUCUGGCUGCUGCAGAGGGUGCUGAUCUCUUGAAAGUUACACAGUUGAAGGCAAGGAAAAAGCGUCUACGUUUUCAGCGAAGCAAGAUACAUGAUUGGGGUCUCAUUGCGCUUGAGCCAAUUGAGGCUGAGGACUUUGUCAUUGAAUAUGUCGGGGAGUUAAUUCGUUCGAGGAUUUCUGAUAUACGGGAACAGUAUUAUGAGAAGAUGGGAAUUGGUAGCAGUUAUCUAUUUAGACUUGAUGACGGAUAUGUAGUUGAUGCUACAAAGCGUGGUGGGGUUGCUAGAUUUAUAAACCAUUCUUGUGAGCCUAAUUGUUACACAAAAGUUAUUAGCGUAGAAGGCCAAAAGAAGAUAUUCAUUUAUGCAAAACGUCAUAUUGCUGCUGGUGAAGAAGUUACUUAUAACUACAAGUUUCCUUUGGAGGAGAAAAAAAUUCCUUGCAACUGUGGUUCAAAGAAGUGUCGUGGAUCUUUAAACUAGCAUGCAUGCAUAUAAUAUGCCAUCCCCUUGAUUUGUUACUCAUUUUGAGAAGUCAGCAACAAUUUGAUGCCCCAUGCUUGAACAUGCUCAUUGGCAGAGAAGCUUGGAGUGGGUUCUGUUAAACAUUCUCAAUGCCUACAUGGAUUGUGCUACCAGAAGUUUUGGUAGUGAAUUCACCAAUGUGUUUUGGCAGAGCAUUUGAAAGGGUUGUGGGCAAAGUUUUCUCAAAUAGAAGCCGAUGGUGUGAUGAAGUCCUUUUCACAUGAAGUGGUUUUGCCAACAUCUGGAAGAUGAAUUACUUAUCCGUGUUCAUCGUUGUUGUAUAUAACACUUGCAGAUGAGUUCCUUCUCUUAGAAUCUGUAACCAGUUUUAUUUUCUUACCGCUUGACAUUUUUGGAAUAUAAAGUUUUUGUACAAACAUGCAUCAUCAUAUAUGCCAUUUGUUUACCUCUUUGGUUUUUUUAGCCCAUCCUUUUCAAGGCACAUAUUAUGCACUAGAACCUCAUUACCAAAUGCACCAGGCGCAAAAAUGCCCUCAUUUGAGUGUAGUAAAAUGCAAAAUGCAUGUGUAUUUUUUUUAUAUAUACAUUUAAUAGUCUUAAGAUGUAUAAUUAUGAUAAUUUAAAGAUUGAUCCAAUAUAUUUGCAGAACCUGUAAAAUUUUCCUUUAAUUUUGUUGGCCAAUAUGAUUACCUUAUGAUCCCAUGUUUGUUGUAGAGUACUCAAAAAUGGACAAGUAGAACUAGAGUUUGAUAUAAUCCGAUUCAUCUAAUGGGGCAAAGAAGUUAAAGAAAAGUUCAAUUGGUGCCUUUAGACGCCGGCCUUGACGACAUUGGUUUUGCUGAUGCCUGCCUAUCUUGAACUGCAGUCACUGGAAAUUUUUAUUCGACGCAUCUGCUGAGAAGAGACCGUAUUUUACAUGGAUUUUGAUAUCUUACAUACCUGUUUUACGGUCUAUGUUCGGGGUUCAGGGCUAGUUCUUCCAACAAUGACAUCUUCAAAGUUCGUACACGGAUUUUCUCAUUGGGAGUGUAACGUGUCUUACUGCACCUGUACUCCGACACCCAACAUUCGGGUUGAACAAAGCUGCCCUGUUUGGUGCAGGAACGUAGUACGUAAGUUAAACCCUCCGGUCCUGUAGCGGCAGACGUGUUGUCAAUUAGUUAAGAAAGUUUUGAGCAGAUGCUACCUUAUAAUCACCUCAGAUUAUUAAAAAAUUAUUUCCAUUAAUAAUUUGAUAAAUGUUUGACUCAAGCAUUUCUUUUUGGAACACCGCACCAAAUUCACCAUUCAAAACCAUUUAAUAAGGAUUAAGCCUAUUGGAGAUGGAACCCCAAGUGAAGUGAAGCAUCAUGACCUCGAGGAAAUCUCAUUCAACGUGAUCGUAUGCUGUUCUCAUAUUUAGUUUCAAGCAAUUGACAAACUCUCUUCUUUUUGAAAGAGUGAAGAGUUUUAUAUUACAGUAACAACAUUUUCCGAAAUCAGUUUUCCCAUAAUA